CGCGCUGACCUCACCAGCCUUUCGCUCGUUUUACGUUUCAACUAUCUUUUCUUAUCUCUGACUUCUCAGAAAUCAAUUGUUGCCUAUUUCCUGCCUGUAGUCUAUUACACGACCCGGAGUACGUCAACCGGUCACAGCAACCUCCAGCGAAUUUGAAACCAUGUGCCACAGGUACUGGCGGCCCCGUCGAUAGAGCAUCCCAAUUUCCCUGCUUUUACGGUCCUCGAGGAUACGGCAAUGGCAGGGAAUGGCGAUUCUUCGUUGCGUUCCCAGCUUUCGAUAUCGCGCAAUGGGGGUUCGCGGCUGAGGUCAGAACUAGCGUUGCUGGAUAUACCCCUAGGGAGACGGAAAUCAGGACACUCCAUGGCAGCGUCGAGCAUCCAAAGUGACGAGAAGCGCUGCGGGUCGGCAUACCAGAAUAACCAUUUCCAAAGCCGAGUGUCGGUGGAAACAAAUGGAGAUUUUGGUGUGAGAGUGUCGAAUCCAGCACGUGCGCCAGUACGGACUAUUCCUGUAUGGGUUCAAAACCGUCCGCAGGUAAACGCAACCGGCGCUUUUUCACCAUCGAUGCCGACGCUACCGAAUGGCGUCCGUGUUGCGGAACACCACUUUGCUCCCCGCGAGAAGCAACCAUAUCAAGGAUACGGCCCCCGCGAUCAGUUUCAGCGAGGGUCACGGUGGAAGCCGUUCUUGCAAUCCACAAUGUACACCCAAGCAACGUCACUUGAAGAAAAGAAAGUCGAUGCAGACUGGUUAGAUGCACAUUUUGGAGACUAUUCAGAGCCUUGGCAAGGCGGAACCGACGAAGCAGAUUUAGAGAGCGGGUUCGGUAGUCUUAGUUUCAACCAAAGGCGGAAGAAAUUUACAAAGCGAUUGCAGCGCACAAUUCUGCAAAGCCCCAUGAUUCCUCUCAUAAUUCGACUGACGGUCUUUGUAUAUUCGGUUGUCGCACUCGCCCUUGGCGGCUCCAUUCGUCAUUUUGCGACAAAAUAUAACCAUCCCCAAGGACCGUCCGCGGAAAUGGCCAUUGUCGUGGAUGCCGUCGCACUCGUUUAUCUUGUGUAUAUAACAUGGGACGAAUAUACGGGGAAGCCAUUAGGCCUUCGACCCCCGAAAGCCAAGAUGAGGUUGCUCUUUCUGGACCUUAUCUUUAUUGUCUUCGCCUCGGCGAACUUAAGCCUUGCAUUUGAAUCCCUAUCCGAUGUGACUAGCUCCUGUACGUCCGGAAGAGUGAAUGACGAAUUCGACCCAAGGAAUGACAUUAUUUGUGACAGGCAGAAAGCACUGGCGUCGGUUCUGCUUGUUGCCCUGCUUGCGUGGCUAAUGACUUUUGCUAUCAGUGUUCUCAGAGUUGUUGAACGUGUAGCUGCGAAAUAAUAACUCCUUUAUACCCUCGGAUUUUACACUUUCGUCCUCUAUCUACAUCAUGAACAUCUAUCGCCCCUGCCCUCAGAAUUUCCUAGUUCCAUACUACCUUCAUUUUCCCACCAUCAAACUAUAAUAUACGUUCCCUCUUUAUUUUCCUAUUUAUAUUUUCUCAUUUGGUAUCUGGAGCACGGCGAAAAGGAAAAUUAUGUGUAGGGAUUGAAAGUAUGGUUUU